GCCAAUGUCAAUUCACCUGUCUCGUUUCUGUUAGGGAGCGUUGGAGAAACAGUGAAGCCUGGACGCAGGUUGUAGCUGUCAAUGGGUGGAUUACUUUAAGCCCCAACGGUUGUUGGGUGAGGCUUUUACAGUGCAGUGUCCACCAGCUGCAAAUGCGCAGGGCAGGUCAUUGUUACCUGCUUGCUUUGUACCUUUGUGCUGCCUUCCAUCCCUAGCAGGUACUCGAAUGAAGCCUCCAUUGCUGCAUUGGCACUGCCUAUAGGUUGUAGGCCGUGAAACACUGCCAUUGCCACUCCCACUGUCACUGCUGUAGCUCCAUCCUUUCCGGUGGUGCCGGCUCAUUCGCCUCGAGGUACUUAGUAGGGUAGGUAGGGGGUAGGUAGACCUCGAGACAGCUUUAGCUUACAUUUCCCCCGACCCGACCAUAACCGCCUCGAGCUGCUGCUACCGCUAUUACCUAUACAACACGAAACACGCAACAGAUGCCAGCUCCUACUCUCGACAACUCGUCGCCUCUCCCGACAAUCCUACCAUAUUUCCAACCAUGAUACGAUUAUCACCAAUGCGGCCGAUGGCUUUCCACUGUCGAGCUGCCGCUGCUCUCCCUUCCCGUGUAGCAGCUGCGGGGUCAACACGUUCUAGUACAGGAUCACUUGGUAUGAUGAAUGGACAAUGAUAUUCUACUUUCUAGAAUUAGUAUUUAAUAACUUCCAACAGCACGAGAUGUACGAUACCUAUACCAACCAUCCAAGAAUUGGGCAGAAUACCGAAAGACAAUCCGUCCUCAAGUUACUGCAAUUGUACCGUAUCGAAAAGCUUCGGUCGAAACAGACACACCCUCCAAUACAAUAAUUCCUCCCGUUCACUCCACUCCCUACUCUGAAAUCACAAUUGGAGUAGUCCGCGAGAUCUACCCCAACGAACGACGAGUAGCCCUAACCCCUCAAAACACAAUGCUCCUACUCAAGAAAGGAUUCAAACAAGUCUUGGUAGAGCGAGGAGCAGGAGCCGAAGCCCAAUUCACCGAUGGGGCAUAUGCAAAAGCUGGUGCCACUUUGACCGGUGCGAAAACCGUCUGGUCGGACAGUAGCAUUGUCCUCAAAGUUCGAGCUCCCAGUCUGGAUGGCAAAAUGAGCGAGGUGGAUCAGCUGAAAAGUGGCUCGACCUUGAUUUCUUUCAUAUAUCCCUCGCAGAAUAAGAAUGUGGUGGAGAAACUUGCGAAUCGGGGGACGACUUCUUUUGCGAUGGAUAUGAUACCUAGAAUUUCUAGAGCACAGGUUUUUGAUGCGCUGAGGUUGGUAUUGUCCGUACAAAAUGCUGAGGGAGAGAGCUAAUGAUGGACAGUUCUAUGGCGAAUAUUGCGGGGUAUAGAGCGGUUUUAGAAGCUUCGAAUCACUUUGGUAGAUUCAUGACGGGUCAGGUCACGGCGGCCGGGUAAGUUGAGGGAUCUUCUUAUUGUUCCUUCUGUGUUACUGUUACAUGCAUUGGCUGACUCGCAUACAGGAAGGUAAACCGAUUUGGUUGUCCCUCCUAAUAAGAUGAUACUAAUCAUGAUCAGAUCCCUCCAUGCAGAGUCCUUGUUAUCGGGGCUGGUGUCGCAGGUCUAAGUGCUAUAGCUACUGCUCGUCGUUUAGGGGCUGUAGUACGAGGAUUUGAUACUCGACCUGCGGCACGUGAGCAAGUUCAAUCUCUCGGAGCCGAAUUCAUAGAGGUCGAGAUUGAAGAAGAUGGCUCCGGUGCAGGUGGAUAUGCAAAGGAGAUGUCCAAGGAAUUCAUCGAUGCGGAAAUGAAACUGUUUCUAGAACAAUGUCGAGAAGUAGAUAUUGUUAUCACUACAGCUCUCAUUCCCGGAAGACCUGCUCCUAAAUUGAUUACUGAAGAGGUAAGCAAGCCAGGCGUUGCAGCCCGCAUCAUACCAUAUGCAAAUGCAGCCAAUGAGAGAUAUCUUCAACCUUUUUGGCGUUCCACGACUGUGGAUCUAUGGCUGACCACAAUACAAGAUGCUGGACGCCAUGAAACCCGGUUCCGUGGUAGUUGAUCUUGCUGCAGAGGCAGGGGGAAAUUGUGUGGCUACCCAGGCUGGAAAGCUGGUUGAGCAUAAGGGCGUUACGGUGAUUGGUUAGUUUGAUCGUGUCUUGGAGUAAUUGCAGAUUUUAUGUUUACUUUUUUAUCUAGGAUAUACCGAUUUGCCGUCCAGAUUACCAACGCAGUCAUCUACACUGUACUCGAAUAAUAUCACCAAAUUCCUUCUCUCUAUGAACCCGGAAGAAAAGAAGUUUGGUGUGGACUUGAAGGAUGAAGUUGUUCGUGGUUCUAUUGUGACUUUUAAUGGAGAUAUUGUUCCAACCGCGCCACGACCUGCUCCCCCACCUGCUCCGGCAAAGAAGGCAUUACCGACUGAAGAGGCUGCUACAAAAUUGGAAAUGACGCCAUGGCAGAAAACCUCUCGGGAAGUGGCAACUGUUACUGGAGGGAUGGGACUUGCUCUUGCUUUGGGAAAGGCUACUGGUCCAGUCUUUAUGGGUAACUUUUUCACGUUUGCAUUAGCUGGGCUCAUUGGAUAUCGCACCGUCUGGGGUGUAACUCCUGCUCUUCACUCUCCUCUUAUGAGUGUCACGAAUGCCAUUUCGGGUAUGAAAACUUUCUUGUUAAAAAACCAAUACUAACCCCAUUUUAGGAAUGGUAGGUGUUGGAGGCUUCUUCAUCAUGGGCGGUGGACUGCUCCCUCAUACAAUACCACAAGCUCUAGGUUCCCUCUCAGUACUACUAGCCUUCGUCAACGUCUCUGGUGGAUUUGUGAUUACCAAGCGAAUGCUUGAUAUGUUCAAGCGACCAACCGACCCACCAGAAUACCCAUGGCUCUACGCAAUCCCAGGUGCUGUCUUCACUGGAGGCUAUCUCGUAGCAGCAAGUACUGGAAUGGCUGGUCUUGUUCAAGCUGGAUAUCUCACGAGUAGUCUUUUGUGCAUUGGUUCACUUUCUGGAUUGGCUUCUCAGUCUACUGCUCGACAGGGGAAUAUCCUUGGGACACUUGGUGUUGGAUCGGGGAUUUUGGCGAGUCUUGCGGCUGUUGGGUUCCCGCCGGAGGUUUUGAUGCAAUUCGCUGGUGUUGCUGGGGUUGGUAGUAUUCUUGGUAUGUUUGCCUAUAUCUUCAUUUGGGGACACACUAAUUUUCUUAGGAUUGUUGAUUGGUCGUAGAGUUACACCCACGGAUCUUCCGCAAACUGUUGCUGCUUUGCAUUCUGUUGUAGGUCUAGCAGCAGUGUUGACCAGUUUCGGUAGUGUGAUGGCUCAUAUUGGGGAUAUCUCUACUUUGCAUCUAGUGGCUGGUUAUCUGGGUGUUCUCAUCGGUACCUAUCACUCUUGAUUUCUUGAAGGAAACUAAUGUUAUAUAGGUGGUGUAACUUUCACCGGCUCAAUUGUUGCCUUUUUGAAACUAGCAGGUCGCAUGUCAUCAAAACCAAUUAGAAUUCCAGGUCCACGUCAUGCACUUAACAGCUCACUUCUCGGUUUGAACAUUGCAACUAUGGGUACCUUUCUCACCAUGGCCCCUGGUGCUCCAGUCAUCGCCGCCUGCUGUCUAGCUGGUAACGCCGCUCUGAGUUUCCUGAAAGGAUACACAACAACUGCAGCAAUUGGAGGAGCAGAUAUGCCGGUUGUUAUUACCGUCCUCAACGCCUAUUCCGGCUUCGCCUUGGUAGCCGAAGGAUUCAUGCUGGACAACCCCCUCCUCACAACAAUCGGAUCACUCAUCGGAGUGUCCGGCUCCAUAUUGUCGUACAUCAUGUGUACAGCCAUGAACCGAAGCCUCACCAACGUCCUCUUCGGUGGCAUCGCACCCAUUGCGAACGAUGAAUAUAAAAUCGAAGGCGCCAUCACGAAGACUAAUGUUGAGGAAGUGGCUGAUGCCUUGGCGACCGCUGAGAGUGUGAUUAUUGUUGUGGGAUAUGGAAUGGCGGUUGCGAAGGCUCAAUAUGCCAUCUCGGAUAUCACGAGGAUGUUGAAACAUAAGGGGGUUAAUGUGCGGUUUGCGAUCCAUCCUGUGGCUGGGCGAAUGCCGGGACAAUGUAAUGUCCUUUUAGCUGAAGCUAGCGUUCCUUAUGAUAGUACGUCCUUCCCCCCCCUCUCCCCUCCCCAUUCACCACACUAACCUUCCCAGUCGUCCUCGAAAUGGACGAAAUCAACGACGACUUCAACGACACGGACGUCACGCUCGUCAUCGGCGCCAACGACACCGUCAAUCCCAUCGCGCUCGAGCCGGGCAGUAGUAUCGCCGGCAUGCCGGUCCUGCACGCGUGGAAGAGUAAACAGGUUGUCGUUAUGAAGCGCGGCAUGGCGAGUGGAUAUGCCGACGUCCCGAACCCGAUGUUCUUCAUGCCUGGUACGAAGAUGUUGUUUGGGGAUGCCAAGGAUAGUUGCGAUGCGAUUAAGGCGGCGUUGGAGGCGAGGGGGAAGAUGUAUGAUGUUUGAUCUAUG